CCUGACGAGGCGCUCCCAAAGCGCCGCCGAUAGGAGAGGAGACAAAGGAGAAGAUGAUCCAUGACGCAACCCGAGCCAACCCGCUCACGUGUUGCUUUGACGCAGCGCUUUUACGCACGUUUUGUUUUUAGGUUUGUUUGUUUCUUUUCGCCCUUCUUCUUGUUGAUCCGCUCUGCUCUGAAUCAGAGUCUCGGCGCGCUGAUCUGGGAUCUGUUUGACCUCCGGGCGCCGGUGGUUUCUCCCCGCAGAGGCUUCGCUUUGAAAAUGGAGCGUGUGCCUUUAAGGCGCCCGACUGCCUGCCGCUUUGUGCUGCGGAGAGACUGACGCCCUCUGGACACAGUGGACACCGGAGCGGCGGCGGAUCACCAUCCCGGAGGAGUUCAAAGGGAAAACCACCUCCGCCUCUUACAAAAAGAACCCGACCUGCGAGCUUAUCGACUGCGUUCAGGUGUUUUCCCGUCGCGCCGGUGAGACCGUCAGGAUGAGGUCCGCUCAGCUGAUCCUCCCCGCCACGGCAGCGCUGCUCUUCCUCCUGGCCGGACUCUCUCUGACCUCCGGCUGCAACAAAGCCCUCUGCGCCAGCGACGUCAGCAAGUGCCUCAUUCAGGAGCUGUGCCAGUGCCGCCCCUCCGAUGGAAACUGCUCCUGCUGCAAAGACUGCAUGCUGUGUCUGGGGAACCUGUGGGAGGAGUGCUGCGACUGCGUUGGGAUGUGUAACCCCAAGAACUACAGCGACUCUCCUGCCACCUCCAAGAGCACGGUGGAGGAGCUGCACCGCCCCAUCCCCUCGCUGUUCCGCGCCCUGACGGAGGGCGACGCGCCCAUCAACAUGAUGGUGGUGUCCUUCCCCGUGGCGGAGGAGUUCACGCACCACGAGAACCUGGUUUCCUUCCUGGAGUCGCUCAACAGCCAGCCGCAGAACGUGUCGGUGCCCGGGAACAGCAUCCACACCGGCAUCGAUCCUCACGAGAAAAUGUGCACGGUGGUUUACUUUGACGACUGCGUCUCCAUUCGUCAGUGCAAGCAGUACUGUGAGGCAAUGGGCGGAUCAAAGUACCGCUGGUUUCACAACGCCUGCUGCCAGUGCAUCGGCCCAGAGUGCCUGGACUACGGCAGCAAGGCCGUCAAGUGUUUGAACUGUCUCGUCUGACCCGAACCGAGCCGAUCCAAUCUCUGGGCACAUGUUGGCACCAAAAGACUGAGGGAAAAGAAACCCAUCACUGUUAUAUGUUAGCAUUCCUCAGUAACCAUGUAAAAUAACCCCCGGCCUCCCCUUUCUCCUCCUCCUGCAAAGUGUUUUUUAUUCUGCUGUUACUGUAUAUUUUUAGAUAUGUCUUCCAUAGUGUGUUUUUUACUAGAGGUGUAUAUGAAUAAUGUAUUUUUGCAAUUACUGUCAGCAAAAUCCCAGUCUUGUACCAAAUAAAGAAAAGAUUUGGUAACUUAAGUGUUUGUGUCUCAAAGGCUAGGCUCAAUUUAACUGAAUUAAACCUUGUUUGCCCAUUUUUCACUGUUCUUAAAGCUGCAGUGUGUAACUUUUAUAAAAAUAUUUUCUACAUA